CAGUUCUGUGGUGUUCUUGGUCACACAUUUAUGGAGUUUCUGAAGGGCAGUGGAGAUUACUGCCAGGCACAGCACGACCUGUAUGCAGACAAGUGAACUGUAGAAAUUCACUACUACUCCACCAAGAAGCCCCCGUAAGAGUGGUUAACCUGGACACAGAAGUGUUGAAUUGAAAUCUGCAGAGCAUUUUACAAGAGUUCUGACCUGGAUGGGGUAAACCUCAGUGCACUUCCUUUCUAUUGCCUCAGUAUUACUGGAUCAAAGAAUUGCUGCUGCUUGUUAGGAGGUUCAUUUCAUUUCCCAUUACUCUCAACUUCAUACUCAAAGCACUGAGAAUUUCAAGUGGAGUAUAUUGAAGUAGACUCAGUUUCUUUGCAUCAUUUCUGUAUUCAAUUUUUAAAUUCUUUCAUAACCCUAUUGAGUGUUUUUUAACUAAAUUAACAUGGCUCGAAUGAACCGUCCAGCUCCUGUGGAAGUUACAUACAAGAACAUGAGAUUUCUUAUUACACACAAUCCAACCAAUGCGACCUUAAACAAAUUUAUAGAGGAACUUAAGAAGUACGGAGUUACCACAAUAGUAAGAGUAUGUGAAGCAACUUAUGACACUACUCUUGUGGAGAAAGAAGGCAUCCAUGUUCUUGAUUGGCCUUUUGAUGAUGGUGCACCACCAUCCAACCAGAUUGUUGACGACUGGUUAAGUCUUGUAAAAAUUAAGUUUCGUGAAGAACCUGGUUGUUGCAUUGCUGUUCAUUGUGUUGCAGGCCUUGGGAGAGCUCCAGUACUUGUUGCCCUAGCAUUAAUUGAAGGUGGAAUGAAAUAUGAAGAUGCAGUACAGUUCAUAAGACAAAAGCGGCGUGGAGCUUUUAACAGCAAGCAACUUUUGUAUUUAGAGAAGUAUCGUCCUAAAAUGCGGCUGCGCUUCAAAGACUCCAAUGGUCAUAGAAACAACUGUUGUGUUCAAUAAAACUGGGGUGCCUGAUGCCAUGGCCCCGGAAGUGGAACUUGAGACAGGACCUAAUUUGUCAUACAUGUUAGCUAAUAGGUUGGCUUGGUGAAUAAGUCUAUUGAAGCUUCCAUAGGAGUAUUGUAAAGCAGUUUUACCAGGCCACAAGCUUGACAGAAUUGCAGCCUUUAUUUUAUGUUUGGGUUACGAUCAGCCUCUUUUGACACUUAGCAAAAGAUUCUUGUUGUUCAGCAUUUAAAAUGUGCUUUUCAUUUGUACCAAUCGACUUUUCCUGAAAUCAUGCAGUAUUAUGUCUUUAAAUCUAUUCCCAUGCCAGAAUCUUAUCAAUAUAUAAGAAAUUUAGAAAGAUUAGGUGCCAAAAUACCCAGCACAAUACUCGUAUUUUUUGGUUUCAUAUAGAACUGAAAUCCCAGGAACUAUGAACACUCUGGACCUUAUCUGGUUUAUAUAUCCCUUCAGUCAUUUCAAACAGAAAGUAGACCUACAUGGUUAUUUGCCUGCUCACUUUAUGUUUACAUCUCCCACAUCAUACAUGUAUGCAUCAGGUUUGCUCAACUUUUUUUUUUAAUACCAAGUCUUACAGUGAUUAUUUAAUGUCUUUCUAAAAAAUCUCAUUUUGUGCUGUUAUGGAAAGCCUCCAUUUUGAAAAUUUACAUUGUAUAGAAGCACAUGUCUUUAAUGUCUCCAGACAAAAAAGCCUUACAGUUAAUUUUAAUGUUUGCACUUGGGGUGCAACUUACAGGGAGGGCCUGAAAACUGAAUGGGAGGGGGCUAUUAAGUAUUUUUAGUAAAAUGUUGCCUUUGUCUUGUGCAAAACAUGUAGAAUAUGCUCUUUAAUUUAGUAAAAAAUUUUUUAAGGUAGAGAUGCUUAGUUAUUGUAGCUAAAACAAUUUAUAAUCAUAAAUUUCAAAAUUCUUUUAAUUUUUUUUAUCUUAAUCCGAAGUUGUUUACAACUUAUUUUUGUUUGAAGUGUGAUUUUUUUUCUUCCCAACCUCUCUUGCAAAAAAAAAAAAAAAAGGGGGUUUCUGCUAAUGAAUUGAGCAGACAUCUAAUAUUUUAUAUGCCUUUUGAGCUGUGUAACUUAAUAUUUGGAUACUUGAUAAUUUGUUUUAUUAUGUAAUUGAUAAAAUGGUGAUGUGUAUUAAUGUUAGUUCAACCAUAUAUUUAUACUGUCUGGGAAUGUGUGGUUAUAGUUCUGUGGGAGAAAUAAUUUGUCAGUGUUCACCAGCUUGUAAAAAUCUAGUGCGAGAGCUUAAACAUCUAAAUAAAUAAUGAAAUGCAUUUAUCAUCAAUGA